AUAUUGAUCAUAGAAAACUUAUAGUUUUUGCUGAUGUUUUAUGUAAAUACACAGCCACUGCUGAGAUAGGAAGAGCUAUUAUGAGAGACUACAAAGAGGUUUAUGGGAGUGGUGAUGAGAAUGGGCUCAAAAUGUAUCUUCCUUGGAGUAUCACUUCAAAGUUUAAGACAAUUCAAGUUUGGGCAGACAUUCCUCAAAUUUGGAUCAAUCAUAAAGAGCAACCCUCAGUCUCCAUCCCUUUAUAGUAUCAAAUAUGUACUGAGCCAUGCAUAUGACAAAACAUUAUUGCCACAGUUAGCUCAGCAUUAUGAUAUCAGUGACAUUCUACAAUUAGUACGUGAUCACAGUUCACUUGAUGAUAUUAGGAUGUUGAAGUUUCUUGUUAAUGAGUUCAAUAUUGAGGAGGCUAAGCCAGUUAUUAAGGAAUAUAAAGAAGCUGUUGAGGAGUUAAAAAUGAAAGUUGGUCAAUUUUUGGAAGAAGAGCUUUCAAAAGCAUCAUCGAUAAUUAAGCAUGUUACGAUUGUCGUUGACAAAGAUACUGAAGAAUCUGUAAUUAAAGAUGUACAGAGACUGUCAUUAGCUAUAUUACCAUACCAUAUAGAAUUAAAUGUCAUUAGAAGUGAUGAUAGCAUGUGGGAAGAUAAUAAACCAGAAUCAUACACUAAUACUUAUGUGGGCCCUACUGUACAAAGUAAAGAUACCACACUAACAACUGAAGUACCAGCAGGAACAACAGAAAAGGAUGAGGAUCAAGUUAUGUUGCUACAGGAGAAAGUUGAAAGUAUUCAAAAGCAACUGGAGGAAGAAAAGGAGCUUUAUGAAGAAAAGGAGCAAUUUUAUGAACAAGCUAUGAAGAAAUAUGAAGAAGAAAUACUUCAACAGAAAAGGAAACACAUUCAAAAUGAAGAGAGAAUAGCAACACUUACUGAACAACAGGAGGAAGUUACUGGAGACUUGAAACACAAGACAGAACAAUAUGAAGAAUUAAUAUCAGAUAACGAACUUACUCAUAAACAACUGGAGGAACUUGAGAAGGAACUAAAAGAAGAGAAAAUUGAGAAAGAGGAGCUACAAAUAAAGAUUGAUGAUCUUCAACAAGAAUUAGAGCAAGUAUCAGUUCAGAAUGAAUACACUAUCACUCAAUCAAAAUUACAGAGUGAAAUUCAAAAGGUUAAAAAUGAAAGUGAAACAUUUCAAAAACAAAGGAAAGCAUUGAUACUGGAGAAUGAAAGAUUAAUGGCAUUACUUAAAGAUCAUAAUGUACCAGUAGAACAGAAAGAAGAGACUGAGAUAUUACAAGAGACUGAGACUGUACAUACAUCUCUUAACAAAGAAAUUCAGUUCAACUAUCUUGUACCAUCACAAGAUAAUUUGGAAGGUCUGAGUGAGUCCCAAAUAGCAGGGAAGAAGUUGUUCUUAGUUCAAGGAGACAAACCUCAACUGAUGAACUGGGAGGAGUAUGGACUGAGGAUUAGUGUACCAGAGGAUAGUCUAUCAGCAUCAGAGACUGUAUCAGUACUAGCUCUUGUAGGAGGACACUUCAAAGGAGAUGGAGACUCAGGAGAUGAGGGUAAGGGAGAAAGAGAAGGACAAGGAGCAGGAGGACAAGAAGGAGAAGCAGGUGGAGUAGGAAGGAGUGAUAGAGAGGAGGAAGGGAAUGGGUUGAAGGAGCCAGUGGAUUGUACUGAAGACUCUGAAUUAAGUACAUCACAAUCUAAAACUAUUGUAUCUACUCAUUCCACUGGUAUACCUGAAGCUACAGUGUAUGCUGGACAAGUGUUUUAUCAAAGAGAAGAGAGAAGAGAUUUAAUGAGAUUCACUGCUGCUAGAGAUUUGAAUGUUUUACAUCAAUAUAUAAACAAGAGAUACUCUAAUCCAGAAAUAGAUGAAGAUUUUACGUUUCAGUUUAAUCCUUCUCUGAAAUAUUUACAAUUGAUUUUUGAUGGUCCACAGUUGAAGCCAACAACUGGCUGGACUGUUAGUCCUCAUAAGAAUCCUUGUCUGAUUCGAGAACGUGAUAUACUUGGUCUUGGCGACAAUAGUACUAAAACUACAAUUCCUCCAUCUUGCCUGGUAUCAAUAUAUGCUGAGAAUAGUCCCCAUACUGUACCUAACUUGAGUUACUCUGUACCAUUGAAAGGAGUACAGGAACAAAUGGAGAUUAUAAUUAUUAGACCACUUAGAACUAUGUCAUCAUCAGACUCAGGAUAUUCACAAGCACUCAAUAUAAGUAAUUUGGAUGCAAUCUUAACUUAUCUGAAGGAAGGUCAUUUUCCUAGUAGCAGUUGGCUGGAUCUAGGAUUGAAGCUGGGAUUGAGCUAUGAUACAACACUGAAAAAUAUAGAAUCAAAUUACUCUAAAGUUGAAGACUGUCUUAGAGAGUGUAAUAGUUAAAUGGCGGUUGCAGAGAGCUGAUGGUGUAGAUGAUAAAGGAGGAGCAACCUGGACCACACUAGCUAAAGCUCUUAAACAAUGUGACAGUGGCAAACCAACAGCUGAACACAUCAUCAUCAUUGAUUCCCAGUAGGAACAAGAAUAAUUCAAUUAAUACCUCAAUACUCACCAUUGGAUAAACUAUGGCUAUUGGAAACAUACACUCUAUUGAAGAAUAAAGGCAGUCUGGUGUACAUGUAUAUUAAACAAAACAAAAUUUUCCUGGAGAUCCGACCAAUUCAUUGGAGCUAAAGAAAUUGAUUAAUCAAAGAGAAUUGAAUUGUUAUAAUCUAAGCUAAUGUGAAGCCUUUUGUUAGUUAAGAUAUUGAAGGUAA